AUGGAGCUAUCAUCCUUAUGUCAGUCUUUAACUUUAUGUGAUGAUGAAGACAUUGUGGAAUGUGAUCUUAAUGCUGAGGCAAAAUCGGUUGGAGAACAAAAAGUUGCUCUAUCGUUGUUUGGUAAAAUUCUCUCUACGAAGACGAUUAACAGAGAUGGCAUUAUUAGCACCCUCAAUUUUAUUUGGAGAACAAAAGAACCACUGGUCAUGGAAGUAGUGGGAAACAAUAUUUUUGUUGUUCAUUUCCAAUUGAUGGAAGAUAGAAGAAGAAUUUUGUGUGGAGGCCCAUGGAAAUUUCAAGACCACCUAAUUGUCUUAGAAAUUCCAGUAGGGUUGGGAAAUUACAGAGAAUCUAGUUUUGAUAAAGUUUCAUUCUGGGUUCAGAUUCAUAAUCUACCUCUUAUGUGUUUGAACAAGGAGGCAGGAAAGUCACUUGGAUCGCAGAUUGGGGAAGUGGAGGAAGUAGACCCAGGAGCCUCUGGUGAUUGUCUUGGAAAAUAUAUCAGAGUACGAGUUAAAGUCAAUAUCAAGAAACCGUUGAGAAGAGGGUUAAGGGUGAAGAUGGAUGAUGGAUGA